UCUCGGCAGACCUGUCGGCGGCCAAGCGCAAGUUUGCAGACUCCCUUAACGAGUUUAAAUUUCGCUGCAUUGGCGACGCUGAAACAGAUGACGAGAUCUGCAUCGCCAAAUCUCUGCAGGAGUUCGCCACGGUGCUGCGGAACCUGGAGGAUGAGCGGAUGCGCAUGAUUGAGAAUGCCAGCGAGGUGCUGAUCACGCCACUGGAGAAGUUUCGCAAGGAGCAGAUCGGGGCCGCUAAGGAUGCCAAAAAGAAAUACGACAAGGAGACUGAGAAGUAUUGUGGUGUCCUAGAAAAGCACUUAAACUUGUCUUCUAAGAAGAAAGAAUCCCAGCUUCAGGAGGCAGACAGCCAGGUGGACCUGGUUCGGCAGCAUUUCUAUGAAGUCUCCCUGGAGUAUGUCUUCAAGGUGCAAGAGGUCCAGGAGAGGAAGAUGUUUGAGUUUGUGGAACCUCUGCUGGCCUUUCUGCAGGGGCUUUUCACCUUCUACCACCACGGCUACGAGCUUGCAAAGGACUUCAGCGAUUUCAAGACAGAGCUGACAAUCAGCAUCCAGAAUACAAGAAAUCGUUUUGAAGGAACGAGGUCAGAGGUUGAAUCUUUGAUGAAGAAGAUGAAGGAGAACCCUCACGAGCACAAAAACAUCAGCCCUUACACGAUGGAGGGUUACCUCUAUGUGCAGGAGAAACGUCACUUUGGGACUUCCUGGGUGAAGCAUUACUGCACAUACCAGAGGGAAUCAAAGCGGAUCACGAUGGUGCCAUUUGACCAGAAAUCUGGAGGAAAAGGGGGAGAAGACGAAGCUGUUAUCCUCAAAUCUUGCACGCGGCGGAAAACCGACUCCAUCGAGAAGAGGUUUUGCUUCGAUGUGGAAGCUGUGGAUCGGCCUGGCGUGAUCACCAUGCAGGCGCUCUCAGAAGAGGACCGGAGGCUGUGGAUGGAGGCGAUGGAUGGCCGGGAACCGGUCUACAACUCCAACAAGGACAACCAAAGCGAAGGCACUGCCCAGCUGGAUAAUAUCGGCUUCAGCAUUAUCAAGAAAUGCAUACACGCUGUCGAAACGAGAGGGAUCAAUGAGCAAGGGCUCUACCGGAUCGUUGGAGUAAACUCUAGAGUUCAAAAGCUUUUGAGUAUAUUAAUGG